GACCGCAGCUAGAGGGAGCUGCUCCGGACCGCGUCUGCCCGUGCGCCCCGGUUCUUUCACAGGCUCCCCCGCCCCUCCCCUCCCUCCUUCCCCCGUGAUGGCGGAGGACAGCGAGUCCGCGGCCAGCCAGCAGAGCCUGGAGCUGGAUGACCAGGACACCUGCGGCAUAGACGGCGACAAUGAGGAGGAGACCGAGCACGCCAAGGGAAGUCCUGGAGGGGAUUUGGGAGCGAAGAAGAAGAAAAAGAAGCAGAAGAGAAAAAAGGAGAAACCAAAUUCUGGAGGCACCAAAUCAGAUUCUGCAUCUGACUCCCAGGAGAUUAAAAUUCAACAGCCUUCAAAAAAUCCAGCCAUUCCAAUGCAGAAGCUUCAAGACAUCCAGAGAGCGAUGGAGCUGCUCUCUGCAUGCCAAGGCCCAGCAAAGAAUAUUGAUGAGGCUACCAAACGUAAAUACCAGUUUUGGGAUACGCAACCUGUACCUAAACUUAAUGAAGUUAUAACUUCACAUGGUGCAAUUGAACCAGAUAAGGACAAUGUCCGCCUAGAGCCAUAUUCUUUGCCACAAGGUUUUAUGUGGGACACACUGGAUCUUAGCAAUGCUGAAGUUCUGAAGGAAUUAUACACACUGUUAAAUGAGAAUUACGUAGAAGAUGAUGAUAACAUGUUUAGGUUUGAUUAUUCACCUGAAUUUCUUCUGUGGGCAUUACGUCCUCCGGGCUGGUUACCGCAAUGGCACUGUGGGGUUAGAGUGUCUUCAAACAAAAAACUGGUAGGAUUCAUAAGUGCCAUCCCUGCAAAUAUUCGUAUUUAUGACAGUGUGAAGAAAAUGGUAGAAAUCAAUUUUUUGUGUGUCCAUAAGAAACUGAGAUCUAAACGGGUGGCACCUGUACUGAUUCGGGAAAUAACCAGAAGAGUAAACUUGGAAGGAAUUUUUCAGGCUGUUUAUACUGCUGGAGUGGUACUUCCCAAACCUGUGGCCACUUGCAGGUAUUGGCAUCGAUCACUAAAUCCUAGAAAAUUGGUGGAGGUGAAAUUUUCACAUUUGAGUAGAAACAUGACUCUACAAAGAACAAUGAAGCUCUACAGACUUCCUGAUGCCACAAAGACUUCAGGUUUGAGACCAAUGGAACAAAAAGAUACUAAAGCAGUACAAGAAUUAAUCAAUACUUACUUGAAGCAGUUUAAUCUUGCUCCUGUUAUGGAUGAAGAAGAGGUGGCCCACUGGUUCCUGCCUCGGGAUCAUAUUAUUGACACUUACGUGGUAGAGUUAGUAUUACUCUACUACAGAAUCUGUACCUGCUCUAAGACAAAAGCUUUUUUGCAUGUGGGUUCAAAAGGUAUUUUAACAGACUUCCUCAGUUUCUACACAUUACCUUCAACAGUGAUGCAUCAUCCUGUUCAUAAAAGCCUCAAAGCUGCCUAUUCCUUUUACAAUAUUCAUACAGAGACUCCCCUCUUGGACUUAAUGAAUGAUGCACUCAUUAUAGCUAAAUUGAAAGGAUUUGAUGUGUUCAAUGCACUAGACUUAAUGGAAAACAAAACAUUCCUGGAAAAACUCAAGUUUGGGAUUGGAGAUGGAAAUUUGCAGUAUUACUUGUACAACUGGAGGUGUCCAGGCAUGGAAUCUGAAAAGGUUGGUCUUGUAUUACAAUGAGAACACUUACGUUUCUAGAACUCUCGAGGUCAUCGUUUGAGUUAAUUUGAUCUCCAUAACUCUUGAAAAUAGUAUUGUUCAAGAGGAGUAAAAGCACAACGUCAGUGAUACUGAAAUAGUCCGUUAAAUCUGAUCAACGAAGACAUCCACAUGUGACCAAAUUUAUGCAUUUUCAGAUAGAUCAGAUGGUCCAUGAAACUCUUCUAUUGUCCAUGAAAAGAAUAAAAAGCACAUUCAUUUAAGUUUCAAAGCUUAGCUUGCACCUUGAUGAGAAGAAGGUAUUUUUUUCCACUCUGUAGAAAAGACUGUUUUGUACAAACUGAACUUCAGUGGUGGAUUAGGGUACUAAAAUAUUUGCUAUUAUGUGGAUGAACUGCUGCAUUUCUAUUUAUUAAGUGGUGAUGUAUGUAUGUCAGUGUAACAGAAUGAAGGAUACAAACUGGAGUAUAUCUUUGCUUACUUACUUAACAUGGAUAUCGUCAUUUGGGGGAAAAUCACGAAGUACGAUACCUUUGUAGCUCUAUGGAAGUCCUGGAUGUUUUUGUAACUGGAGCAGUAUGACAAUGUACUGGUUUAACUAGUGCAUUUGUUUCUCCAUAAGCAACGCUGCCAAAUCAAUAAAAAAUACAGAUUUGUACUUUGAUCUUAAAUAGAUCAGUGGAUUGAUUUAACAGUAUCGCACUGUUCAGUGCAGGUGUUAUCUAUGUUGCCAGAAUGAUAAUACAUUACUGUACUUAAUUUACAGUUGUGGCACAAAACCUUAGUUUUUCCUCAGUAGAAUAACAUCAGCCUGUGUGUAAAACUAAGAAUUUUAGUAGUGCUAUCAGGAUAUUUAUAGUUUGAAUGUUUUCAACGCUUCUGCGAAAUUGCACAUAUUCCUUUGUCUACUUUGAUUUCCUAUGAAGUCUGUAAUUCUAAUGAAAAGUACCUUGUGUAAAUAUGUAUUCAUAAAUUGUUCCUGGUAGUGUUUUUAUCCUGACUUUGGAACAAGAAGUUUUGCUAUGUAUGUGGCUGGUAAGCAGAAGAGAAAUGCUCUGCCCUCAGUCCUCGGAAGUCUCUGUACUGCGCUUCCUGAAAUGCAGGAGGGCUGAUCUUUGUUGUUGGGUGGAGCUCUUUUAAUUCCCUCAUGAAUGCUCGGCAGCAGGAGUGGCUUCUGAAGCACUUUAUAUGCAUUCCAGCAAAGCGUCAUAGCUAGAGAUGAUAGCAGUUCUUUCAGCUCAUGGAUGCUGCAGAAUUGUGAGCACUGAGAAAAUCUGCGUUAAGAAACUGUUCUAGCUGAAAGUGCCAAAUUGUGGUAGUGAAGCCUCUGUGCUGUGAGCAUCUUUUGAAUGUGACUUGAAUAUCUCAUGAAAUGCAAAUGUCUUACUUUCCUUUUAAACAUGCCUGUAAUUCUGACAGCAGAUUUUGCUGAAAGUUUAAUUCUGUACAUGAAGAUAAAUUUGUCUGUUCUUCAAAACUGUUAGCCCUACCCACCUCCUUGUAGCAGUGGGGUUUUUCUUUCUUCCCGCUCCUUUUCCAAUGUGUGAAUGGCUUGUGGUUUGGUUUCUUUUUCUUGUUGAAUUGUGGUGAGAGGACUCUGCCCUAGAAACAGUGAUAAAUCCUUUCCUUUAUUGCAUUAUAGCUGAUUAAAGCAUUCGACUUCCUUCAAACAAAGGAAGGGACUGAACGUGGUUUGUUUGACCCCUGGUUGUGCACCAGCUCGGGAGCUCUUGAAUUUAAGAGGUCUUCAGAGGAGAUCUAAUGCAGUUGGGCUUUACAUCUCUGGCCACUCUUGAUACCUCUGUGCUAGUAGCAGUCAAAAUGGGUGGUGCAGAGAGAGCUUGGACUCUGUGUGAGGCCUGAGCAUAAUUAAGUGCCUGAAAACAUAACUGAUGGUAAAGAUACCUGAGGUAACAAGGAGGAUUUAAUCUCAAUGCCAUCAAAGACUUAAGUUUUUAACUCCUAAAAGGCAAGAAGGUGCCUCCUUGGCAGGGCAUUCUCAUGGAGCACUCUGGGAUGAGGAGGAGGUUCACCAAGGAGCUCAGUGUGUUCUGCUUCGGCUCUGAAAGGCAGAGCCUCAGCAAUCCUCAAGGGUGCCAGAGGUGAGGUAGGACAGCAGGGCAUAGCUGUGUCCUCAUGGCUAAGGUACUUCCUUGCUGAGACAGCCCAGGUGAUCACAGCCCAGGUGUAAGAUACGUUCAUGUUCUCUGCCUUCCUUCCCCUCAAAAAAAUGCACAUGGAAGAAAUGUUAGGCAGAUGAUUCCUCCUAUCUUCUCUGAAAUCAGAAGGCAAAUCCUUUCAAGUAUUGUCCUUGACCAAGUAUGUCCAGGUAGAAGACAGACUUGAAUAUGAAUUUCCUGCAGCCUGGCUUUUACCCAAAUCUUCAGGUUAGGGCACAUGAAGGAAGGAGCGUGGCCAGUCUUAUGCUCCCUUCUAGUAAAAUAGCGCCAUUUGCUUCUGAAUCCAAGGGAUAAAUUUCUGUCUUGUUUUCUGGCUCACUCUGCAUAUUCACUGAGGGGCAAGAGCACAGAGACAUGCUCCUGUAGAAGCUGUGCAGCAUUGUAGCUGAGAGAAAAUUUAUUGGCCAGAGGGCAUGAGGGAAGCAGGCAUCUAAGCCUGAGUGUUGGGGCAGCUCUUGGAGAGUUUUGUUCAUGGACUUGUGUGUGUUAAGCAUGGCCUCUUCUGUCCCUCCUGAGUGCUCUUCACCUGUAGUGUUUCGCUGAAGUAUCACAGCAUCAAGAGGACUUGAGUCUUGAAGGUGUCCCAGCCUGCACCCACAUAAAAGACAGUUACUCUGGAGGUGAAAAUUGCGGCAGCUCAAUUUGAUUUCCUAAGCAGGUACUAAAUAAAAGGUGAACAUCUGUGUGGGGCCACUGUCAGGAGCUCAGUAGGAGGGACACGUCUCUUGUUUCCAAGGUUGAACCUGUGUGCAUAGGGCCCGCUCUGAAGGCAAGACUCCUCAGAACCUAAUAGUUGUUUGCAAAGGAUUGGCAGCUUUAAAGCUUGCUCCACCACCUUUUCCAUCUGGCUUUUUAAACAUCUAUUAUUUCUUUCCCAAAGUAACUUCCUAUCUGGAGAGGGAACCCAAAUCCCUGAAGACAGAGAUAGACCUGGGCAGGCAGUGAAGUGCUUGAAAGAUGAUUGCUGUGCUGAUGUUCUUCACGAAAGCUAGUCCUUAUGCUCUGUGUAAAUGCUAAGACUCUUAUGCUAUGGUUAGCCAGCCUGGGAAUGAUGCACACUAGUGCCAGCAUGCCUUCAAAGUUUUAUGCAUCCAGAAAGCCAGAACAAAGGACAUGUAUGAAAGACUAUGAAACAAGGCAAAGAAAUCUCCCCUCUUCUUGCACCCUCAGACAAGGACAAAAAUUUUAGCAUUAAAUGCUUUGUUUAAACUUCAAGGAGCGUCAUGACUGCACAGUCACUGCUCAUUGCUACUGCCUGCCUUUGUAGUUGGUGUCAUGAACUAAAGUAAUUUCUAAAUAAAUUCAAAAUACAGAUGAUCUCUUGGAUGGCAGUGGAAGUCUAGAUUAACAAAUCUCUGAAAAAUACAUGUAAAUUUUACCUUUUAAGGAACAACAGAGUAACUCAGUUAUUUUAUGCUUUCUUCUACAAGUAAAUUCCUAGGCUGUUGAUUGCCUCAAUUACAGCACUAUUUCCCUUCCUUCCUACAACCCCACUCCCUCAUUAGGAAAUUGUUCAUAGUCCCCAGUAAAAUUUAAGGAAACUCAGAAGUUACGUGGUACAUUUUCAGUCUUGUAGCAGUUACAGUUCUCAUCUACUUUAUAUGAAACAGUAUAUGGCUUAUGUCAAUUUCCUGGGAAACAAUUUUAGACAGAGAUCUAAUGGAAUUUAGGUUUACAUUUUCUCACAGGAUACAUGUUAAUAAUUCGCAUAUGGAAGUAUUUUUUUUAAUACUGCAGCAGUAGUAAUUUGGUUUUGUAUUUGAAAAUAGCUUUUCCUUCAGCAUACCAUAUAGAAGGUAUCAGGUGGAACCCACGUCUGCAUACAUUUGUGACCAAAACAAGUUGUUGUUCAGCAGAACAAACUAUUAUAAUAGAGUUCAAAAGGGAAGUCUGCCUGUGCUAUUACAGCUGUUUACUUGAUCCCAGCUUUAAAAGACUUAUACUGGCAUGGACCUUUGUUUAAAUAAACUUUCACUUUUGGUA